AUGUCGCUCGUGCCGCCGGACCCUUCGCAGAACUUCGCUCACAUCCUUCGUCUGCUCAACACGAACGUUGAUGGCAAGCGCAAGAUUCAGUACGCCCUGACGGAGAUCAAGGGUGUUGGUCGCCGCUAUGCCAACAUCGUCUGCAAGAAGGCCGACAUUGACCUCCGCAAGCGCGCCGGUGAGCUCAACUCGGAUGAACUGGAACGUAUUGUCAAUAUCCUUCAGUCACCUCAGGAGUUCAAGAUCCCGACGUGGUUCCUUAACCGACAGAAGGACUUCUCGACUGGUAAGGACUCGCAGGUCCUGUCGAACAACGUCGAGGCCAAGCUCCGUGAUGACCUUGAGCGUCUGAAGAAGAUUCGUGCCCACCGUGGUCUGCGUCACUACUGGGACCUCCGUGCCCGUGGUCAACACACCCGCACAACUGGUCGCAAGGGUCGCACGGUGGCUAACAAGAAGAAGUAA